UAGUGCUCGGAAGAUCUAUUUACGAAGUAGUCCUGCAACAGUUUUCAUCAUGUUCAGAAUCUCCUUAAUUUUGAUCGCUUGUAUCGUUGGAGUCUUCGGAGUCGAUCAGAGAUGUCCUGAUCAGAAAACAUACUCGCAGACCGUGUACUUAUUGCAUCCGACAAAUUGUGGAAAAUUUCUUACUUGUGUGUGGGGUAAAGCAGUAGAACAGGACUGCCCCGCCGGUCUCCAGUGGAACGGUGCUGGAAAUUACUGUGACUGGCCGGAGAACGUUGGCUGCAGUUCAACUGUGGAGGAACCAGGUUGUGUCUCUGGAGCAUUUUCACCCCACAAAGAAGAUUGCAACAAGUUCUAUUUAUGUGUGUUUGGUAAACAGUGGGAGCUGAAUUGUCCACCGGGCUUACACUUCAAUCCAAGUGCCAAUGUGUGUGAUAUUCCAGAUCACGCAAACUGUCAGCCGCAAACAACUACAACUGUUGGCACAACAGUUUCAACUGAACCAACAACUACGGAUGAGCCUGAAUCCACGACCCCUGAAGUUACGACAACUUCGGCUUCAUCAAGUGAUACUCCUACCGAAACUGAACCAAUAACUACGGAUGAGCCUGAAUCCACGACCCCUGAAGUUACGACAACCUCCGCUUCGUCAAGUGAUACUCCUACCGAAACUGAACCAAUAACUACGGAUGAGCCUGAAUCCACGACCCCUGAAGUUACGACAACUCCAGCUUCAUCAAGUGAAACUCCUACCGAAACUGAACCAAUAUCUACGAAUGAGCCUGAAUCCACGACCCCUGAAGUUACGACAACUUCAGCAUCGUCAAGUGAAACUUCUACCGAAACUGAACCAAUAACUACGGAUGAGCCUGAAUCCACGACUCCUGAAGUUACGACAACUUCAGCAUCGUCAAGUGUAACUUCUACCGAAACUAAAACAAUAACUACGGAUGAGCCUGAAUCCACGACUCCUGAAGUUACGACAACUUCAGCAUCGUCAAGUGAAACUUCUACCGAAACUGAAACAACAACUACGGAUGAGCCUGAAACCACGACCCAAAAAGAUACGACAACUCCAGCUUCAUCAAGUGAUACUCCUACCGAAACUGAACCAAUAACUACGAAACAACCUGAAUCCACGACACAAGAAGAUACAACAACUUCAGCAUCGUCAAGUGAAACUUCUACCGAAAAUGAACCAACAACUACAGAAUAACCUAAAUCGCUGUCCACUGCAUCCAACCAAACUGAACGAUGGCAAUUCUUUAGUCGAAGGCAGUCGCGGUUAGUCGUAUGCUUAUCAGCUUUUUCAGAAGCCUAUUUUUAUUUGUCACGCCCAUAUUUAGGAAUAUUAUCUUAUAUUAUGUUAUAUAUACAGGAUAUACCGCUAGCUAGCUCAAAUUUUAUUUUUCGAAGACGAUGGUGAUGAAGUUUUUUUUGACGUAGGACUACGUCUGUGAUUUGUAUAUGGGGGUACACUUUGUGAAAACCGAAAAUGGAACAUGCAACAAAAUUAUGAAAGAUUUUGAACGUUAAUAACUGCCCCUGGACCAAUUUCAACAAUUUUAUCACCAAUGGAUUAAAAAUAUUUCUACGCAUCUGUUGAAUUUAAGACUUUAUCAUUCUUCGAAAUGUCACUAUUGAAAAUUGCACGAAUGUGCAACUGUUGCUAUGAUAAUUAAAAUUAUCACCGAUUGAUUGAGUGAGUGGUGGUGUUCUCCAGUACACAACGAAAGGCUUCCUGCCAGCAGCUAGCUAUCAAGGCUGGCCUCAACCGCUGAUCGGAUUCAGUUCCAAUCUCCGUGUGUGGUGGUGUCCGGUAGUCAGCAUCAGUAGCAGCGGUAGUAGCAGUGCUUUCGGCGCGUGGCGUUGAACAUCGUUCUCCAGUACACAACGAAAGCUGCAGCCCACAUGAGCAUCCAUAGAAGGAUGAAGAAGCCGCACCGCUAUUGAUCGGAAUCAGUUGCCCUUUGUGAGUCGCUGUGGGCCAUCAAUGCCACACACUUAGAAAUACCUAAUCUUACACGUGACGGAAUCCAUUUUUGACUUAAAGGAUGAGACGUAAACCAACAUGUCAUGUAAAAUUAAAUGCUCCGAGACUGAAAAGUUCGAAAAUACAAAACACAAGCUCCUGCUGCAGUUAACAAAUAACAUUUACGAUAUAAGACCACGUAGUCCUUCGUCACCAUUACGUACAAUCCCAUAUGGCUGUCCCUUGUAGUUUUUUCAUCUAGUUUGUUUAUUUGGAAGGCUCAACCGUGUUAGCUUUACGGAGCCGAUAGUGAAUUGUUCAUUGUUUGUAACGAAAUUUACUUAAUUCUAUGUCUAGUAGGAGUUGGGUCGAAUACUCACGACUUACCCGAGGUUAGAGGGGCACAUUGUCAAUGGAUAGGAUCAGGUUAGGAGCUUGAAGGUGAGGUAUCGUUGUCUCAUCAGAGUAUUGUCCCCAGUAUAAACGGUAGUGCGGUUCUAGAUUCGUCUGGAGUUCGACCGGCUAUGGUGACCAGUGACAACCCUUAUCCUUAGAUGUUUAAGUGGUUAACUGUAGUCAUCUUAUGUAACUGUCAUCCAGUGUGGAUGUUUGUACAGUGCCAUUCCCGUUUUUGGCAAUACAUGAUAUAUGUCCUCCC